CGCGGCGGGAGGACCACCUCUUUCGGCAUUUGAAACGAGAAGGGUGUAUAAUUAGACAUUAGAGGGAAGAUAAAGGGAAUGAAAAGUUCGGCUACAAAUGGGAAAAACUCGGAAACAGUAUAUGGGGCGACAUCUCUUUGAGAAGCGGGGAGCCGCUUUCUCAAAUCGAGUCGGUAAAGUAGGGAUCUUCUCGCUCGACUAUCGAUAUCCGAUUUUCUACGUUAUCUCGCAUCCUCCAGAUGUGACGUCUAAAUCAGACGGUCUGAUCAGAACGAAGUUGUGUGUUUACAUUACGUUAUGGUCAGCGUGUUCUGUCAGAAGGAUUUAAAAUGACGGAAUCUCCGAGCACAAGUUCGGCCACCAAUAUCUGUGAUUUAUGCAGCAAGCGCACUCGCUUAUAUACCUGUCCUCGAUGUGGCAUAGGCUACUGUGGGACCGAAUGUUACAAAUCAGACGCGCACACGGACUGCUCCGAGAGUUUUUACAGGCAGUGCAUCGAGGAUGAGUUGAAGUCCCAGGAGAACGAUCCAGUUGCCAGGCAGAAAAUGAUAGAGAUUCUUAAAAGAGUGCAUGAGGCAGACAUGGAAAAUGAUAUCUUGGAGGAUAAUUUAGAUGAGAAGAGCACCAGCGAUGAGAACUGUUCAUUGGAUUCGGAUGACGAUCAAGAGCUUCUCGAUUUAGAAACCAGAUUGCAGAAUGUCAAUUUUGAGGAUCCUAACGAGCUUUGGUCAGCCUUGUCCGAAGCAGAGAAGCAAGAAUUUGAAGCAUUGGUAAAAAAUGGUGAAGCAGAAAAUCUGCUGCCCAAAUGGGUACCAUGGUGGACCUACCGGGUGGAAAAAAAAUUAAUUCAGCCCAUUGAAGAGAAUGUCAAGGAUGCCUAUAGUGAUUUAAAAUAUCCUGCAUUGAUAGACGUACCAUUAUUUAACGAAUUGCAGAAAGCAUCCCCUUGUGUACAUUUCAAUGUGAUAAAUGUGAUAUACUCUUAUGCAUAUGUCGCUCUUUACUACAUUGGAGAUUAUUUAAAUUGUGCUGAGGAAGCUGCUAAUGUAUUCCUGAUUAUCUGUGGAAAUAUGAAAAACAACGAGGUUUUCAAAGAUACGGAUUCGGCAAUUGAGUCCGUUGUAGAAAAUGUAAAGAGUGUUGAUUGGUUGCCGCAAGAUGAACAAAUUAUAAUUGCACUAAGAGAAGCUGGCGCUUCCAUUCUACAAGGACCAGGUGCAGAAAUGAAGACCGUUUAUACAUCCGCGGCGCUCUCCGAACUUCACAGAUUGCUGAUGGCAGUAAAGAAAGAAAAUUCAACCUGCAAGAGCGGCAACCAAGAAUUCACGAAAAGAUUUUCGCAGAACCGUGGCAACGAUGCGAGUCUUUCGAAAAAGAGUAUAAUUCCAUGUCUAAAGAAGCUAGAGUAUUAUUUAUCAUGGGUAAAAAGCAUUGGAAUGGAAAUCUUGUAAACACGUUUCUUUAUUUAUUAAAAUUGUAUUGCCGAGCGUUUAUUAAAACGAAAGAAAUGAUAUUCUGUUAAUAAGUCCGAA